CUUAAUAGUUGGCUGUCAAAUGCUGUUCCGCUGUCAGUCGUGUGCCGGUGCACCUGGGUUGAAGGUUGGUUGUUAAUUGGUUUUGGUGUGAAUUCGAGGAGAAAGUAACUCAGAAAUCCUAGUCUGUAAUGGCCGUGAGGUUAAGUUGAAUGGGGGCUCUCGUUGGAAAUAUUUAGUUGCAAAUCCCAUUGGAUUCGUUAUGAAAUUCUACAGUUCUGGAUUGAGACAUUUCCUGGACAGUUGGCCUGGUAAGAAGCGUUUCGGAAUCUACAGGUUCCUGCCGGCGUUCUUCCUCCUGGGGGCCGCUCUGGAGUAUUCCAUGAUCAAUUGGACAGUUGGCGAGACAAAUUUCUAUAGGACCUUCAAGAGGAGGCAGGCGAAAAAUUUGAUAGAGGACGGCCUAGAAAGUCACAGCAUCCAAAUUCCUUCGGAAACAAAAGCCACUCCCGCGUCGAAGGCGUUGUAGGGACUGAGUAUCUUCUGACCCUUGCUUGGGACCUGGUGCGCGCUUGUGGUCACCGAUAUGCCUGCCGGAGUGUCGUGGGCUCAGUAUUCGAAAUUCUUCGUCGCCGCCAUGCUCUCCAUGCUCGCCGGCUCCCAAGUGGUCCACAUG